AUGGCGGAUCCACAACCGCUCCUGCUCAAUUCCGAGCCAACUCAGCUCAGACUCCCCCGAGUCGCCUCCGUUGAUGUCUUCCGUGGCCUCUCUGUUUUUCUUAUGAUAUUUGUUGAUUAUGGCGGAUCCAUCUUCCCCGUAAUUUCUCAUGUACCCUGGAAUGGUAUUCACCUCGCUGAUUUAGUCAUGCCGUUUUUUCUCUUUCUCGUUGGAAUUUCACUAGCACUUCUUUAUAAGAGAAGGCCACAGAGAACACAAGCUACAUGGAAAGCAUUUGUUAGAUCACUUCAACUCUUUUUUCUUGGCAUUCUUCUUCAAGGUGGUUAUUUUCAUGGGAUAACUUCCUUAACUUACGGUGUCGACAUUCAAACUAUUAGAUGGUUUGGUGUUUUACAGAGGAUAUCUAUUGGUUACAUAGUUGCUGCUUUAUGUGAAAUCUGGCUUCCAACUCUGCAAUGGAAACAAAUGGGUUUCUUCAAAAGUUAUUACUGCCAUUGGUUUGUUGCAGCAAUAUUGUUGGCGAUUUACUCGGGUUUGUUGUAUGGUCUAUAUGUUCCAGAUUGGCAGUUUGAUGUAUCAGCCGCUACCUCUUCUUUGCCUCCAAUUCACAGUGCCAAUGUUUACAAGGUGAAUUGUUCGGUGAGAGGAGAUCUUGGACCUGCCUGUAAUUCUGCUGGAAUGAUCGAUCGGUAUAUUCUUGGUCUUGACCAUCUAUACAAAAAGCCUGUUUAUAGAAAUCUUAAGGAGUGCAAUAUGUCUAGCACUGGCCAAGUUUCAGAUAGUUCUCCAUCAUGGUGUCAUGCCCCUUUUGACCCAGAAGGCAUUUUAAGCUCCAUAACAGCUGCAGUUUCAUGCAUCAUUGGACUCCAAUAUGGUCACAUUCUUGCCCAUUUAGAGGACCACAGAGGACGCAUAAAUCACUGGCUUGGCUUUUCAGUUUCAUUUUUGGCUCUCGGAUGGUUCUUGGCUAUAUUAGGAAUUCCUCCAAAUAAAUCUCUAUACACAGUCAGUUAUAUGAUGCUUAGUUCUGCAGCUUCCGGUCUCACAUUUAUGGCUUUAUAUGUUCUGGUAGAUGUUUACGGUCACAGACGUUUGACAAGUGUGUUGGAGUGGAUGGGAAAACACUCUUUGAGUAUAUUUGUCCUUGUAUCUUCAAACUUAGCCGUGAUUGCUAUUCAGGGAUUCUAUUGGACGAAACCCGAAAACAACAUUAUACACUUGAUCGUCUCGCGAUUUCAUCAGAAGUAA